AUGGAUAAAUCGCCGCCGCCGAAAAAAACGACGACGAAAAAGGGAAAAGCGACGCCGAGUCCGCGAAAAGGAGCAUCGAAAAAGUCGACGCGGAAAAGAAGAGGCGGAAAUGCGAAUAAUACAGUUAGCACACAUACGACUACAACAAGACAAGGAAGUAAUGAAGGAACGAAAACUGUUGAAACUAACAAUAAAGGAUGGAAUUAUGAUGAAGGAGCAAAGAUGUUUGUCAAGAAUAAUACUCUUGGUGAGUUUUGUGGCCGCCACGUCAUAGGAAUCCGCAUUUUUUUUUGGAGCAUCGGUUACGGGUUGAAGAUUUCAAUUCUUCAUCCCGAAAUCGCGAUGCUCAAAUUGUAAAAAUUGUCCGAAAUUUAUAUGGAAAUUUUGAAACAGUAAAAUUUUCUGACGAUAAAAUUAUUUGAAACCCAAAGAUCGGAAAAAAAGAAUAAACUUUUUCUGAUAUUUUGAAACAGUAGAUUUUUUUAAUUUCAAAAAUUAUUUUUUGACAUAAUAUUCCUGACAUUUCUACACGAACGAACAACAUAAAAAAUAUUGAAAUUUCAUAUGCAACUUCUGAAACAGUAGAUUUUUUUUAGAAAAAAUGUAGUGGAAAAUGCUUCGAAUCACCAGAAUUAAAAAUUAUCCAAAGUUAAUUUUGAAAUUUUGAAACAGUAAAUUUUUUUCAUCCAUUCAUUUUUUUUCCUAGAUCUAUCUACAAUCCGCUCCGAAUUCUCAUUGGAUUCAACAAUUCGUCCAUCUCCUCAAGAUUGUCUUGCAUUCUAUCAACAUCUCAAGAAAAAUCGUCAACCACAAGCUUUGCUUUCCGAAACAACAAGAAUCAAGAUUCAGAAUCCAUCUGGCGCAUAUUUCAACGCUGCCAAAAUAUCGAAUCUCGCCGAACCGAAUCGAACUAUUUUGAUUGGACAAGUUCCUGAUCAACAAGAUUUGGAAAUGUUUUGGAGAAUGAUUUAUGAUGUGAGCAUGCUUUUGGGAGAGAUUUUGAAUUUAUUUAAAGUUGACUCAAAAAAUUCACUGUUUCAAAAUUUCUAUAACUUCAAAAUCCAAUAUUUGCAGGAAGGAAUCACAAGUUUAUUCAUCUCAACAUCUUCAAAAAUAGUUUUAAAUGGAUAUAUUCCAGUUGCUCUUGGAGCAUUUGCUCAAAUCGGAAAAAUGUUGUUGAGCAACAAAAAAGUGGAUAUUUUGGGAAAAGAAAUACUUUGUAUGACAAUUGAAUUAUUGCCAGAUGGAUGUUCGAAUUCGAAUUUGGUACAAGUUUAUCAUAUUCAAAAUUGGGCACAAUUCAAAAUUCCGAAUAAUUUGACAGAUUUGAUUGUAAUUUGUGAGAAAAUGUUGAUGAAAUCAAGUGAUGGAAUUAUGUUUUGUAGUUGGUUUGGAUUAGGGAGAAGUGGCAUUUUACUUAUGAUUUAUUGUAUUAUGUCACAUAUUUCUAAAAAUAUUGAAUGCAAGGUAAAUUCUUUUGAAACAAAAUAUAAUUUUAGUAGAAAUCUCAAUUUUCCUAGGUUCCUGAUCUUUUCUCAAAACUUCGUGGCCAACGUUUUGGAAUUGUUGAAAAUGUUGAUCAAUACGUGGCAAUUUAUCAAUCAAUUUGUUGUUGGAUUCGAGCAAAUUCGAAAGAUUCGGAUAUUUUGAAAGCUAUUGAAGCUAUUCCACAACCACCUUCUUCUUGA